GGUUUCAUCAGACUUUUCUGAGGUUCAAAAGAGAAUCAAAAUCCGUGACCGCAGCCCAAACCUACGGAGCGAUGAACCAGUUCCAACAUUGCUCGAAAGUGAUUCCAACGGGAAGGAUCAACAACUAUCGUCCGCGGAAGUAGUUUAUUGUGAAGAUGCUGAUACAAGUUCAGUGAUGCACAGUGCAAACAACUAAGGAUAAACGAGCCUUGUUUUGCAUUAUUGUUAAGAAGUUUUUAGAAAAAAAAGGAGUUAUUCAAAGGAAGUCAACAUGAGUGCACCGAUCGUCAUCACCGUGCCUACGAAGUUCAUCCCAAUCAACCUGGCCCCAGUGGCAAUAAAAACCGAAAUCAUGCCAGCUCCCUCCUCGGAUGGAGACGAGUCCACUUCGUCGAUGGAUGAGUUCCUGGUGCGCGGCAAGAAGCGCCGCCUGGACCAUCUCACAUGGGAGGAGAAGCUUCAGAGGAAAAAAUUGAAAAACCGUGUCGCGGCUCAAACCUCCCGCGACCGCAAAAAGGCCAAAAUGGAAGAGAUGGAUUAUACCAUCCAACAGCAAACAGAUCAAAUAAGCGAGUUGCAAAUGAAAUGUGACGCGCUCCAGUCAGAAAAAGAAGCCAUCCACAGCAAGUAUCUCGAUCUGGAAAGCCGCUUCGAAGAGCUGAAGCGAAGACUCGAUGAGCAGCAGCAGCAAAUGAACACGCCCUCUCACGAUCAAGUCAGAACCGAUCGCCCCAGUAGCCUCACACAGUGUUGGCUCUGCUUCCACCCUACUAGGAUCAGCAGCAUCCGCCCCAACCCCUCAGCAGCAGGGAACUAUUUCAAUGGAAGCACAGACGACACUGAGUCAGGACGAGACGGGUCUGGAGACCAACGACGAAAAGGUAACAGCCUUGUGGAAGAUAAUUGCUCUUUGCCUGCUCUACAGGACAUGCUCGAAGACUUCGAUGUGUCCAAGCUCGAAGAGCUUGCCGAAAGCCUACUGGCCAAUGUCACAAGCGAGCUGGAGGGCACUGAUCGCGGAAGCAGCCCGGCAGAUGCCCAAGAUGCAGGCACCAGCUGCGGAAUGCUUGAACCAAUGGUGGGGUCCCCAUCAGAACAGCUGGAAUCCAGCGAAGAAACUGGUCAAGGAAGCAGCCUAAUUCUGACAACCCACAACUAUUCCAAGUCACCCUUUCACGUAGAAAAACUGCACAGCAGUCGGCAAUCUGACUCGGAGCAUCAGCAGACGGUCUAUGGAACCUACGACAACGAAAGCAACUGCAUCACCAUCGUCAUUGACGAGGACGAACUUCCACUGGAGGAGGAAAUUAUUUGCGAAGAACCGACCGACGACGACGAACAGGAGUUCAAAGUCAAGCUGGAACCGGUUCAGGACCUACUUUCCCCUAUCCCGAGCACCUGCUCCAACUACUCUGAAGAUCUCAAACCCAUGCAGGAGGACGACGAACUACAGAAUGUGUUCAAAUGUCCCCUGACGCCGGUAUCGUUCAUCUCGGACGGAGGUUACGAAUCGUUGGGUUCGCCCACCGGUUCGACCGAUUUCAACAUGACCACCAGCUCUUUUGACGAAUUCUGGAAUCUGGAUCUGUUCCCCAUAUUGAACAAUUAAGAAUAGCCAGUUGUAAAUAUUUUUCGUUCCUUCAGUGAUGUACAAAGUUGAUGUAAGACCGUUGUUAAAAGUUUAAAUUAGUUACAAUGAGGUACCUAAUAUGACCUGCUUGAUAUUUAAGUUAACGUUAGGCUUCGUGUGCUGAUAAGUUUAAGCCAGAUUGCUGUAAAUAUUAGAGUUCUAUUUGCUAUUUAACGUUCUCUCUAGUUAGAGAAAAUUUAGCA